AGAUUAUUCCAGCUUCGGAGGCAGGCAUGGAGAUGUUUUUUGGCCCCAGGGAACUGAGGCUCAGGCCCGGAGCUCCCCGGGGGGCCUGUUCUCUGGUUCUUUAUUAAUAGACUCAGCUUCGCUGCCGGGGGAGCCGCCGACCGGGGGAGGACAGCUGCCGCGUGGUCGGCGGGAGGGGAAUGAGGCCUCCCCAGUGUGGCUGCAGUCGCAGGCUCCUUGCCGCCGCCGAGAGCACGGCCUCCAUGGCACAGAUAAUUCCUGAAGAUGGCAGAAGCUCACCAAGCUGUAGCCUUUCAGUUCACGGUCACUCCGGAUGGGAUCGACCUGCGGCUGAGCCAUGAAGCUCUUAGGCAAAUCUAUCUCUCUGGACUUCAUUCCUGGAAGAAGAAGUUCAUCCGAUUCAAGAAUGGCAUCAUCACUGGCGUGUACCCGGCGAGCCCCUCCAGUUGGCUUAUCGUGGUGGUGGGCGUGAUGACAACAAUGUACGCCAAGAUCGACCCCUCGUUAGGAAUAAUUGCAAAAAUCAAUCAGACCCUGGAAACAACUGACUGCAUGUCCAGCCAGACGAAGAACGUGGUCAGUGGCAUGCUGUUUGGCACCGGGCUGUGGGUGGCCCUCAUCGUCACCAUGCGCUACUCCCUGAAGGUGCUGCUGUCCUACCACGGGUGGAUGUUCGCUGAGCACGGCAAGAUGAGUCGCGCCACCAAGAUCUGGAUGGGUAUGGUCAAGAUCUUUUCAGGCCGAAAACCCAUGCUGUACAGCUUCCAGACAUCGCUGCCUCGCCUGCCGGUCCCGGCUGUCAAAGACACUGUGAACAGGUAUCUAGAGUCGGUGAGGCCUCUUAUGAAGGAAGACGACUUCAAACGGAUGACGGCACUUGCUCAAGACUUUGCUGUCAGUCUUGGACCAAGACUACAGUGGUAUUUGAAGUUAAAAUCCUGGUGGGCUACAAAUUACGUGAGCGACUGGUGGGAGGAGUACAUCUACCUCCGAGGACGAGGGCCGCUCAUGGUGAACAGCAACUACUAUGCCAUGGAUCUGCUGUAUGUCCUUCCAACUCACAUUCAGGCAGCAAGAGCCGGCAACGCCGUCCACGCUAUCCUGCUUUACAGGCGCAAACUGGACCGGGAGGAAAUCAAACCAAUCCGUCUUUUGGGAUCCACGAUUCCACUCUGCUCCGCUCAGUGGGAGCGAAUGUUUAACACUUCCCGGAUCCCAGGAGAGGAGACAGACACCAUCCAGCACAUGAGAGACAGCAAGCACAUCGUCGUGUACCAUCGAGGGCGCUACUUCAAGGUCUGGCUCUACCACGACGGGCGGCUGCUGAAGCCCCGGGAGAUGGAGCAGCAGAUGCAGAGGAUCCUGGACAAUACCUCGGAGCCUCAGCCUGGGGAGGCCAGGCUGGCAGCCCUCACCGCAGGAGACAGAGUUCCCUGGGCCAGGUGUCGCCAGGCCUAUUUUGGACGGGGGAAAAAUAAACAGUCUCUUGAUGCCGUGGAGAAGGCAGCGUUCUUCGUGACGUUAGAUGAAACUGAACAAGGAUACAGAACGGAAGACCCAGAUACAUCGAUGGACAGCUACGCCAAGUCUCUACUACAUGGCCAAUGUUAUGACAGGUGGUUUGACAAGUCGUUCACGUUUGUUGUCUUCAAAAACGGGAAGAUAGGCAUCAACGCGGAGCACUCCUGGGCAGACGCGCCGAUCAUGGCCCACCUUUGGGAGUACGUCAUGUCCACUGACAGCCUCCAGUUGGGCUAUGCAGAGGAUGGGCACUGCAAAGGCGACACCAAUCCGAACAUUCCGUACCCCACCAGGCUGCAGUGGGACAUCCCCGGGGAAUGUCAAGAGGUUAUAGAGACCUCCCUGAACACCGCAAAUCUUCUGGCAAACGACGUGGAUUUCCAUUCCUUCCCAUUCGUUGCCUUUGGUAAAGGAAUCAUCAAGAAAUGUCGCACGAGCCCAGACGCCUUUGUGCAGCUGGCCCUCCAGCUGGCGCACUACAAGGAUAUGGGCAAGUUUUGCCUCACAUACGAGGCCUCCAUGACCCGGCUCUUCCGAGAGGGGAGAACGGAGACCGUGCGCUCCUGCACCGCUGAGUCGUGCGACUUCGUGCAGGCCAUGGUGGACCCGGCCCAGACGGUGGAACAGAGGCUGAAAUUGUUCAAGGUGGCGUCUGAGAAGCAUCAGCAUAUGUAUCGCCUCGCCAUGACUGGCUCCGGGAUCGAUCGUCACCUCUUCUGCCUUUACGUGGUGUCUAAAUAUCUCGCUGUGGAGUCCCCUUUCCUUAAGGAAGUUUUAUCUGAGCCUUGGAGAUUAUCAACAAGCCAGACCCCUCAGCAGCAAGUGGAGCUGUUUGACCUGGAGAAUAACCCAGAGUACGUGUCCAGCGGAGGGGGCUUUGGACCGGUUGCUGACGAUGGCUAUGGUGUGUCGUACAUCCUUGUGGGAGAGAACCUCAUCAAUUUCCACAUUUCUUCCAAGUUCUCUUGCCCUGAGACGGAUUCUCAUCGCUUUGGAAAGCACCUGAAAGAAGCAAUGUUUGACAUCAUCACUUUGUUUGGUCUCAGUUCUAAUUCCAAAAAGUAAUUCCACUGGAGCUGCUGGGAAGGAAAACGAGCUCUUCUGAUGCAAACCAAAUGAAAAAUAGGCAUUAAUCCUGAUCUUAGUUCGGGAUGAAAAAUUGCUCUGAAAAAAACUCAGAAGUUUUCCUUCCAGAAAAUUUGGGUGGUUUUGUUUUCCUAGAACAGUAUCUCUACCCCUGUGAAGCGUAACCCCACUACUUCCAGACUUGCCUUCCCUUGGGGGACAUUUGACAGAGUCUCCCCUGAAGUCUCCGGAUGGGCUUGUGUUUAUUAAGGGAUGCAAAUCGUGUUGAGUUAAUGAAGGAAUUAGUAGGGUUGUGGCUUCACACACAUUGGAAUGGAAAUGGUGCGCUUUCUCAGUGGCAACCGAAGGCCUUGUGCUUAAGGGCAUUUAGCGUCAUCCAAGCAGGGUAAACUUCCGUUUUGUUAAAAGAAAAAUGUGUUAUUCAAGCUGGUGGUGUCCACAGUCAUAGCUAACACAUCUGGAAUGCACUAACCAAAAUGCUGUGCUUUGGAGACCUGCUUUUGUCGCCGUGGGUAACUGUUCCUGUCUGGUCCAGUUGCCUGUGUUUGCCUCUCCACAUUUGAAGCAAGCAGCAUGCAACGUCUUUAGUUUUACUGAGCUUGUAUGUCUUCGUGUCUUCACAACCCAGUGCCUUAAAAAUGAAAGGCCCUAAACGUAAGGGAGAUGGAGUGAAAGAUUUAUUUUGUGGAGUCUUUGGUCGGAAUUGUGGGUGUACUGUUCCCUUCACAAUUGACCGAGUAUGGAUAACCCUACAUAAGCAUUUGCUACACCCCACCAGCCCCUCCCCCUCAGAAAGACCAGUUCCUUCCCAAGGGCAGCUGUGCCACACUCCCCUCCCGGGACUGCCUUGUUGUCAUCAUAAGCAACAAAAGAAAUAAACAGGCACUUGUCAUAAAAGGGGAGCAAGGGCCGUGAUGGUCAGAUAAUUCACUCAAGAA